AUGUUUAAUCAAGAAGUAAUUGGUGCGCAGCGUAUCAUGCAUAAGGCUCGCAUCUCGUAUCCAUCUCAUCUCUACACCAUCUGGCUCUUCCCAUUUGCCGACCUCAAAACGAUCGUCGGGCCAGAAUCGGCGUUUGGGAUCUUCAGUGCUCUCUCCGGACCUAUUCUCACGAGCAAUGAGUUUCCCAAAGCCAUCGACAUCGUCUCUCGACUUCCACUCGUUUUAUUCUGGACCUGGAUCACCCUCUUGCCAUUAGUCAUUGACAACCAGAGACGCCCAAAGUCGAUAGAGGAAGAUCGACUUAACAAGCCUUGGCGUCCUAUACCCGCAGGCCGAAUCAGUAGCAUUCUUGCAAAGCGCUGGAUGCAAGUAUCCUACUGUAUGGCAUUGAUCAUCAGCUACUAUCUGGAGACCCUAGGACAGUUCACGGGUUUGAUAACUCUCGGAGUCCUAUACAAUGAGUUUGGCUGGGGGGACAAUAGCUACGUCGUUCGAAAUUUGUUAAAUGCUCUUGCGUUCCUGUGUUACAGUUCGGGGACCAGUCUCAUUGCUUCCAAUGCCCAACUUAAAAUGGAGGGGAUGAUGUGGUUUGUUGUCAUUGGAAGCGUGGUUUUCACCACGGUGCAUACUCAGGACAUGCACGACCAGAUUGGAGAUAGAGCACGUGAAAGAAAAACAGUUCCUCUCGUGAUUGGAGAUUGGCCAGCGCGAUUGACGAUAGCUGUUUUUGUGGGAUUUUGGUCAUUGUUCUGUCCUGCUUUUUGGGAUUUGAGUGUAUAUGGAUACUUCGCUCCUAUUACAUUUGGUGGUGUGGUGAUUGUCAGAUGCAUUCGGAAGAGAGAGAUUGAUGAUGACAAGGUGACUUGGUUAAUUUGGAAUAUCUGGAUUGUGAUGCUAUACUUGUUGCCAUUAUGCAAGAGGCUUGGAUUCUAA